AUGAUAAGCGAACUCAUAGAGGCUUUUACUGGAGACCAGGGUCUUGAUACCAUGGGGUUUCCUCUCCUCCAUAAAGAGAAGAUUUUCAACGAGUGGGAAUCCCAGAAAAGGCAUGUUGUUUGUAUUCAAGAUCCAAGUCACCAUAGCCUUUAUACAGAGACAGGGACGUUGAAGAAAGGCUCCGAAAUUCUUCCUACGUUGCGAUGUGCUCGAGGAUCAACAUCUUUGGAGUCAUUUCACUUACACCUUGCCAGAUUUAUCCCAGGUUCCACUGCGUCAGACGUCUUGUUUCAAGCAUACCUUCUUGACGGUAUUGUGAGAUGGAAUGAAGACCGUGCUAGACAGACUGUCAAAGACUACAUGCCAGGACCUUCAAGCUACAGUGGAAUUCUUAGGCAUGCUGCCAACGACAUAAGCCACAAAGUCCUACAUAAGAAAAUCAUACCAGAAUAUCAACCACCUAGGAAAUAUACAGGUGAGCUGAUUGGUGUGGAGUACUUGUAUGAUCAGACUGGCAGGGCCUUGCAGGAGUUCUCCUUGGAUCCAGAUUCUUUAGACAGUGACCAGGUAGAGACCCAGCUUGAUGCCAUUGAUGACCAGAUUGAUGAGGGUUUUGAGGAGGUAGAGGUGGAGGACAUGACAGUCCCGCUUGUCGAUGUUGAGCAGUUGUCCGACAGCAAUCAACCACAGACUAGAGCUCCCGGUGAGUCAAAGAUUUAUGGACCUAGCCCAUCUACCUCAGCUUCUACUUCAUCUUCAAUAACUGACGACUCAUCGAAGGGAACCAAUUCAAGUAUAGACCCUGAUGAUGAAACACUUGAUCAAGACAACAUUCCCGGCUAUGACAGAGUAGAGACAUUGGCAGAAUACCUUUUCAGCAUAAGGGAGCAGGUUCAGUCCCUGACUAACAAACAGGCCAAGCAUGUGGUACAUCUGUGGAAUGAUCUCUACGAAUUUGACAAACAAGGGUCGAGGUUAUCUCCCCGCUUUCAAUCAUCAUUACAGAAGGGAAGAUUUCGAUCGACACGUAAAACAGCAGUCACUCCAGGAAUUGACAGUGCUAAAAGAUGUUUCUUAGGCUCGGGUUCAGGACCAGCUCAGUGGCCAGAUGCCAACAGGUACAUGAAGGUUCUGAUCACCAAGCUCCUUUCAGCAGUACAGUCUCCAAUCAAACUCAAGUCCAAGACAAUUCAGAGGUAUUCUGUUGUGUGUCAACUUUACAAGGACAUUCGAAGGAAAAUAGUGGAGAACUCCUUUAUCAUGGACAACACGAACAUCAUGCUUCUUGAAAUCAACCAGAAAACUCUUGGUACUUUUGACCAGAAGAAGACUGCUGCCGAAGGUAUUCGCAUUCUCGAGCAAGGUAUUUCUUUACCCCUGCCACCAAUGACUGCUACAAGGACACUCCCCCCUCUACGACCAAAGCCUUUGCCAAUGCUUAAAGCUCCCAUUCCUCCAUCUCAUGCGCACGAAUUUGUUCUUCCCCCUAUUACGGCUGGAACUGGUGGAGCUAGGAAACCAGUCACGAAAAGGCCUGUUGAGAAACUAUCUCCAACUUUUGUUUCCCAGUAUCCAGACCUGCCAAAAAGCACACUUUGGUACCAAAGGAAGCAACUACAGAAGAAAACGGCAGGAGAAUGUGUUAGGCUAAACACUAGAAGAAGACCAACACAAGCCUACACAUGCAAGAAGUGUGGCAAGGUCAGAUCCAAUCAGACUCACAAGCAGUUUUCAGGAUACUGGUGGUGUGAAGAGACAUCUACAGAGACAGAGUCUGAUUGGAGGGAGAGGUGUAGGCAGCUUACAGCUCAAAAAAAGUCAAAGACUGAGUGACAAUUAAUAAUUGUUAGCAUUAUUUAUAAAUUUCAAACACUCAGCUGUAUUUAUUUCUUAAAAAAAUGCAAAAACAGUUAUUCUGAUAUAUUUGGCUAUUUAAUAGUAUUUAUUUCCACUUUCAAAUUGACAAAUUUCUUCCUACACUUCUUCUAAUGCUGCCGUGACUUUCUACAAAGAGGAGCACUUACAGAAGCUGAGAGGUAACCCUCUUAUUUUUCAGGACCGUCCGGUCCACAUGGUUGCAUUGGGCAAACAAAUCUUGAAGUUAAGACUACAUUGGCUGCCAUUGUAUUUUAACGAUGCCGUUGUGCAUAAUCUUUUAGGUUCUUACGGCAAAGUUCUUGAUGUAAAGAGAUUAUCCUUUUUUAGUAAAGGAGUAAGAAUUGAGAAUGGAAUAAGGGAGGUUACCCUAGAGGUAACCGAGGUGGAGAGGCAGUCCAUCCCUCAUUUACUGAAGUUUGAGGAUGGUCUUGCUGUGUUGAUAACUAUAUUUGGUAGACCACCCUUAUGCUUGAGAUGUUCGCAAGUGGGGCAUCUCCAACGUA